CUCGCGGGCGGCGGCAGGUGAGCGGCAGGCGGGAAUGGCGGAGCAGUGGGAUCUGGAUGAGGAGAGCAUCCGCCGCCUGGGGGCGCUGAACCUGGAGCAGCCGGAACUGGUGGAGUCUCUUUCAUUACAGGGAUCUUAUGCUGGAAAAAUUCAUUCCAUUGGUGAUGCUUUCAGAAAUUUUAAAAAUCUCCGAUCCUUAGAUUUAUCAAGGAAUUUGAUCACUAGCCUAAAGGGCAUCCAGUAUUUAUGCUCACUCCAAGACCUGAAUUUAUAUUAUAACAACAUCCCUUCAUUAGUGGAGGUGUCCCGCCUACAGCCUUUACCCUUCCUCAAAGAAUUAGAUUUGAGACUCAAUCCUGUUGUAAGGAAAGAUACAGAUUAUAGGCUCUUUGCUGUGUACACACUACAAACUCUGGAGAAAUUGGAUGAUCGUACUGUUCGUGACAGUGAGAGGAAAGCUGCCAAGCUGCAUUUUAGUCAGUUGGGGAACAGUGAAAAUUUCCUCUUAGAGGUGGAAAAAAGCUCUAGGGAGAAGACAAUUAAAAACUGUGUGACAGAUGAGGGCUCUGCAUCAAAAGUCAAUACUGAUGUUGACACAAGAAUUGAAACAGAUUCAAACAAAGGACUUUUUAUUCCCUUUCCCAACCGGGAAAUAAAGGAUUCCCUAACCAGCACUUCUGCAACCCAGGGCAAUGGUAUACCAGGUCAGAAAUCAGACACUUUCCCACUGGGGCCACAGAUGCAGGAAGUGACAAGAAGGGAGAUGCCAAAUGACAGCCACCAGAAUGAUGAAUUCAGACACUACUCGCCUCAUCAGUCUACAGUCCAAUCCCCAGAGAAGAUGACUAGAGAUGGGUACCGAAUAUCUUUUUUGGACAAUAAAUCUUCAAGUUCUUCUCCAGAAAAGGACUUGACAACAAAACCUGAUACUUAUCAGCUUUCUCAUGAUGCCUCAUUGGGUAAACGCCUGGAUGUGGGUGAUUCUAGCCAGAUCCAUCCCUAUCAGAUACCUUCUGAUGUUGGUCUGGAAAAUUAUGAUAGUCAUUAUUCUCAAACUCGACCCCUGCAUGGAAGUCUUGGUAAAAGGCCUCAGAGAAACAAGAACUACCGAGAAUAUAGCACAAAGCUUCCAAAUGACAUAAAGGCCACCGUAUCCCAUUCCUGUGGAGAUUUACUGACUUCUCUGUCAAACCCCGACUCCAGCACUGAAAGACUUUUGAAGCUUAGUUCAGAGCUAUAUGCCACCACUCAUUUCAACAGUGACCCUGCUUUGCUGGUCAAUGUAGAGCAACAAUUAUCCAGCAACCUCAGUGAUUUAACACCAGCACAUGGCUCUUUUCCAAACAACUCGGCCCUGGGAAACUCUCUGCGAAUGCUGCUGUUACCUCCUGGGACUUCAGAAGACAGAGAGAUUCUGACCAAGAGGUCAUUAAGCCCAUCCAAGAGAGGAUUCAAACGGAAGGACAAUAUCCUUGUCAACCUGAGUGCAAAGCAUGGUUUCCGAGAUGCUACAGGCAGUGAGCCUCUCUCUAGUGACCUGGGCAGUUUGCAUGGUUUGCCAGGAAACCACAGUCCCCCGAUCUCUGCCAGAACCCCCCAUGUGGCCACUGUCCUCAGACAGCUCCUGGAGCUUGUGGAUAAGCACUGGAGUGGCUCUGGCUCCCUCCUCCUCAACAAGAAGUUUCUCGGUCCUGCUCGAGAUCUGCUUCUGUCUUUGGUAGUCCCAGCUCCCCCUCCUCAACAGUGGUGUCGCUCACAUCCUGAAGACCCAUCCUCAAAAGCCUUCCGCAGGAGGGACAGUGAACUGAAGGAGGCUGGGCUACUUGUCCCUAAUGAUAUGGAAAGUUUGAAGCAAAAACUGGUCAGAGUGCUGGAGGAAAACCUCAUUCUGACAGAAAAAAUUCAGCAGUUAGAGGAAGGUGCUGCCACUUCAAUUGUGAGUGGACACCAGUCUCAUACUUAUGAUGAUCUUGUGCGCAAAAACCAGCAGUUGACUAUGCAAGUGGCUUGCUUGAACCAGGAGCUUGCCCAACUGAAAAAGCUGGAGGAGACCGUUGCCCUUCUUCAUGAAAGUCAGAGAAGCACUCAAAAGCGUCAGCAUCUUCACAGAAGAGUACCCUUGGAUGCAGACCAAGAAACACCUGAGAAGACCUCAAGGCCACUGGCUUGGCAGCUCUAGGGAAGCCCUUGAAGUCUUUAUUUACCAAUCUACCUCUACUAGGACUUUCAAUGACAUUUAAAUACAAGCACCCCAUUCCCAAAUCUUCAGCUCCAAGCUUUAUCACUCUUUUGUUGAAAUAGCUUCAUAUCCAGAGGAUUAACCCACACACACACUUCUGGAUGUAUUUUUUUCAUUAUAUGCAUUUAUAUGUGGGUUGGGAACCAAGAAUAUGCAUUUCCAGUAAGUUUUCACGUGAUACUGUUGCUGCUGAUCUGGGAACUACAUUUUGAGAGCAUUAGGGUAUCUCUUUUGGGGUAUUUAUAGUCAAAAUAGUAUAUUUUAAGUUAACUUGAAACAAUUUUUCUGUGUAUUGGUCCCAUUAACUCAGUGUACAAGUUCAUUUAUUAUUAUUUCAUUUUGUUUUUGAUUCUUAGGAAAUUUUUUUGAUUUAAUCUUAUUUGCAUAAUUAUGUAAAAUAUUUCUAUGUGGCCCCAAAAAUCAAAUCUAUAAAAUAAUAUAAAUUCAGAAAAAUCUAGACCCUUUUUCUGUCUCCUCUAUCCUUUCCUUUCCUCCCACUGGCAUUUUAUUGUGGAUGGUAGCAUUUGUAUUCCCCCUUAAUUAUAUAAAAAGAAGCAUAAUAUUGCUUUAACAUUUUUAUCUUAGAAAUAAGUUCACAGUAGUCUGUGGAGCUCGUUUUCAUUCCUUUGUAUAGCUGCAUAGUACUCUAGUGUGUGGUUGUAGUUUAUUUGACUGCCAUCUAGUAAUGUCUGUGGAUAUUUUGGUUAGCCAUGUUUGGCUGUUAAAAAAUAGUACCAUCAAGGCUGGAAGUAUGGAUCAGUGGUGGACUGUGUACUUAGUUAUUUGAGGCCCUGUGUUCAACUCCCAGCACCAAAAAUAAAAACAAACAAAAUAGUACUGUAAUGAACAGCUUUGUGUAUAUACCUUUUUUUUUCUUUGCCAGUGUAUGGAUGACUUUCAACAUUAUUUGAUAAUACAGGGUUCAGGAAUACAGGAUGGCAUCAUUGUUGGUUGCAGAGACAGGACAGAUUAGAAAAAGAAGUUAUGAUUUGGAGAGUGUGUAGAAAUUGAGGCCUGAUCAGGAGCCAGUGUCCUACUUACCUCAUCAGGAAAGUUGUUUUGAAAACAGUAUAACAGCCACUCUAUAAAAUGUGAAAUAUAUUAUUGCUUUAGUCAGUCUGGAACACAAUCAGAAUUGUAAUGAAGAAACUGUACAUUUGCUUUUAAAAUAACCCACUUACAAAUCUGACAAUUCUGUUGAAAGAUGAUACUUCAUUUUACAUUUAUCUUUAGCACACAUUUCAGACCCAAAUGGCAUCUACUUUGCUUUUGUGAUUUCAUGACUGUCUUUCCC